GAGUAUGAGGUUUAAGUAGAGUAGAAUAUAGAGAUGGGGCCUACAAUGGCGGACUUUUAUUUGCCGCGUAAAAUAUCGGAAAGCAGAGUCCUCUUUCUAUUACGCCGUAUAUAUAGCAGUUAUACCUGUUCCAAUUUCCAACACCCCUCUUUCCCCAUUUAUUCCCUCUCUCUCUCUCUCUCUCUCAACAAAAAUUCUCACUUCCAAAAAACCCCUCUUCACCCAAUCGCUUCUACAUCCUUGAAAUUGGAGAUCAGAUCUGGAUUUGUUCCUUUCACUAUGAAGAAACCAGGCUUCUUAGCAGCCUCCAUGGCCGCCGCUUCCGCCAUCACUGGCACCAAUCUCAAAAAUCAACCUUCUCUCCAGGAUCAUGGAUCAUCGAGCAAACUCAAUGAAGAUUCGUCGCCGGAGAAGACAAACUGUUGCUCGGAGAAAUUUGCGCCUCGGUUUGACGGAUUGAGGUUUAUAGAAACGCUGGUAACUGCUCAUCGAUGACAGGAAGCGUUUGGGAGGAUUUGGUUUUCUUGUGGGUUAAGUUUGCAUAGCAUAUCGAUGUAGUGGUGGUGUGAUUGGCUCCACAAAAUAGCAUUUAGCUGCUAUUCUCAGUUUGCAAAGUACCAAACACUUAGAAACCAUUCGAUAUCUUUUACUCCACUUUUUUAAUUUUCAUAUUUUAAUUAAACAUGUAAUCUAAUAAAAAUAUUUGAUUACUC